CCCCUCUCUCUCACACACUCUCGGGAGCAGCGCUUUGACGCACCACGCUCAGUUGGAUUAUAGUAUUGCGCGCUGGUCUUUCACGGGGCUUUUCUUCCCCCCUCUCACGCUGCAUACACCCAUGCCACUGACCGGCAAUCGAUUCAUGAUCGGGAUCAAUAUUUCUCCUCCACGGUGACCUCUACUGAGCUUUUUUUUUUUUUUUUUUGGGGAGAACCGAGCGCUGCCGCUGCUCCCUCUCCGGACGCGUGUUGAGAAUUAAUAACCCAGACAGCCUCACCUGGAGUGUGUGCGUGUGUGAAGUGUUUGUAAGAGUGUUUCCCUGGGAUCACAUCAAGGAUCGAGGUGUCUGUCUUAACUGAGUGAGUGCGUGAGCUGAAGCAAAGCCAAACGCAAAACACGCCGGGGGGAUUUGGGCACCGCAUGCCGGGGACAUGUGGAAGUUUGCGCCGCUGUAGCGCAGCCAGAGAGCCGGUCCACCGCCUCACCGAGCUCCCCUCUCCCUGCCCGGGGGGGGGCAACAUUACUACUUCACAGCCCCUUAACACACCGAAACCCCCUCUGAGAAGACCCCAAAUGUAAAAAUCAGAGCGAGAAAUUUCUAAAAAAAAAACAACAACAUACGCCUGCGGAGGGAGGACAACGCGAAGGAGCACGGCGUCCCGUUGUUGUUAAGAGUUUUGGUGAGCUCUUUCGGGGGAUUCCAGGGCUCUAAUCUUUGACGUCCCUGAUAGAUUUACUUGUUUUUCAUUUGGCCCCCCACUUGCCGCAGUGAUGGUGGGAGCCGUGAGCCCCGCUAGCCGCUCCUCGGUGUCCGCGCCGGGGCUGCUGCUGGUGGCUGUUUUGGCCCUGGUCCUCCUCCUGUCCGGCGGAGCGGACGGCCAGCCCUGCCCAGCGCAGUGCUCCUGCACCGGGACCACGGUGGAUUGUCACGGCCAAGGGCUCCGCAGCGUGCCCAGGAAUAUACCCCGCAACGCGGAGAGACUGGAUCUGAACGCAAACAACCUCACCAAAAUCACCAAGGCGGAUUUUGCAGGACUGCGACAUCUGCGAGUGUUGCAGCUAAUGGAGAACAAAAUCACCACCAUUGAGAGAGGAGCCUUCCAGGACCUGAAGGAGCUGGAGAGACUGCGCCUGAAUCGGAAUAAUCUGGCCGUCUUCCCCGAGCUGCUUUUCCUGGGAACGACGAAGCUCUACAGACUGGAUCUCAGCGAGAACCAGAUCCAGGGGGUUCCACGGAAAGCCUUCAGAGGAGCUGUGGAGAUCAAGAACCUCCAGUUAGACUACAACCACAUCAGCUGCAUCGAAGAUGGAGCUUUCCGAGCGCUACGUGACCUGGAAGUGCUCACCCUCAACAACAACAACAUCAGCCGCCUGUCUGUGGCCAGUUUCAACCACAUGCCGAAGCUCAGGACCUUUCGCCUGCACUCCAACAACCUGCAGUGUGACUGCCACGUGGCCUGGCUGUCAGAGUGGCUGCGGCAACGCCCCCGUCUGGGUCUCUACACGCAGUGCAUGGCCCCGCCGCACCUGAGGGGGCACAAUGUGGCCGAGGUGCAGAAGAAGGAGUUCGCCUGCACAGGUCACCAGUCGUCAUCCUCCUCCUCCUGCAGCGUGCUACAGUGCCCAGAGUCGUGCACCUGCAGUAACAACAUCGUCGACUGCAGAGGGAAGGGACUGACAGAAAUCCCCACCAACCUGCCGGAAACCAUUACCGAGAUACGACUGGAGCAGAACGCCAUCAAGGUGAUCCCAGCUGGAGCCUUUUCUCCUUAUAAGAAGCUGCGCAGAAUAGACUUGAGCAACAACCAGAUAUCAGAGUUAGCCUCAGACGCCUUCCAAGGUCUGCGCUCCCUCAACUCCCUGGUUCUUUACGGGAACAAGAUCACGGAAAUUUCCAAAGGGCUGCUUGAGGGACUCUUUUCUCUGCAGCUAUUGCUGCUCAAUGCUAAUAAGAUAGCGUGUCUCCGUGUGGACGCGUUUCAGGACCUCCACAACCUCAAUCUGCUCUCGCUCUAUGACAACAAGCUCCAGACUAUCGCCAAGGGGACCUUCUCGUCGCUGAGAGCCAUACAAACACUCCACUUAGCCCAGAACCCGUUUAUCUGUGACUGUCACCUGAAGUGGCUGGCCGACUACCUGCAGGACAAUCCCAUCGAGACGAGCGGCGCCCGCUGCACCAGCCCGCGGCGGCUCGCCAACAAACGCAUCGGACAAAUCAAGAGCAAGAAGUUCCGCUGCUCAGCUAGAGAACAGUAUUUCAUCCCAGGUACGGAGGAUUACCGCAGCAAGCUAGGAGGCGACUGCUUCGCCGACCUCGCCUGCCCCGAGAAGUGCCGCUGCGAGGGCACCACGGUCGACUGCUCCAACCAGAAACUCACCAAAAUACCCGAUCACAUCCCUCAGUACACGGCUGAACUGCGACUGAACAACAAUGAGUUCUCUGUGCUCGAGGCGACGGGGAUCUUCAAAAAGUUGCCUCAGCUGAGGAAGAUUAACCUGAGUAACAACCGCAUCACCGACAUAGAGGAGGGGACGUUUGAAGGAGCCUCGGGGGUCAACGAGCUGAUUCUGACCUCCAACAGACUGGAGAACGUGCACCACCGCAUGCUGAAGGGCCUCGCUGGCCUCCGCACACUCAUGCUGAGGAGUAACCGUAUCAGCUGUGUGAGUAACAGCAGCUUCGUCGGGCUGAGCUCAGUGCGUCUCCUCUCGCUCUACGACAACCAGAUCACCUCCAUGAACCCCGGAGCGUUCGACACCCUGCACUCCCUGUCCACGCUCAACCUUCUGGCCAAUCCCUUUAACUGCAACUGUCACCUGGCUUGGCUCGGCGAUUGGCUGAGAAGGAAGCGCAUCGUCACCGGUAACCCUCGCUGUCAGAACCCUUACUUCCUGAAGGAGAUACCCAUCCAGGAUGUAGCCGUCCAGGACUUUGCCUGCGAAGAGGGUAAUGAAGAGAACAGCUGCUCUCCGGUGCUCAGGUGUCCCGCAGAGUGUUCCUGUCUGGACACUGUGGUGCGCUGCAGCAACAAAGGUCUGACCACGCUGCCUAAAGGCCUCCCCAAAGAGACCACUGAACUGUAUCUGGAUGGAAACCACUUCACUCAGGUCCCCGUGGAGCUCUCCAACUACAAACACCUCACACUCAUUGAUUUGAGUAACAACCAGAUCAGCACGUUGUCCAACCACAGCCUCAGUAACAUGUCCGAGCUGCUUACCCUAAUCCUGAGCUACAACCGCCUGCGGUGCAUCCCGGUGAGGGCGUUCGAUGGACUCAAGUCUCUCCGCUUGCUAUCUCUCCAUGGUAACGACAUAUCGCUGAUACCUGAGGGAGCCUUCAAAGACCUGUCGUCGCUCUCCCACUUGGCUCUGGGUGCCAACCCUCUGUACUGCGACUGUCACAUGCAGUGGCUGUCGGACUGGGUGAAGAGCGGCUACAAGGAGCCCGGCAUCGCCCGCUGUACCGGGCCCGGCGACAUGACGGACAAACUGCUGCUCACCACGCCGUCCAAGAAGUUCACCUGCACAGAAGUCCCGGGGCCUUGUGGUUUUCUAGUGCCAGGUCCUGUGGAAAUUAGCAUUCAGGCAAAGUGUGAGCCCUGCCUGUCUAACCCCUGCAAGAAUGACGGCACCUGCUCCAACGACCCGGUGAACUACUACCGCUGCAACUGCCCCUACGGAUUUAAGGGACAAAACUGCGAGGAGCCGAUUCACGCCUGUAUCAGUAACCCGUGCAAUAACGGAGGCACCUGCCAUCUGAAAGAAGGAGAAGGGAGCAACUUCUGGUGUGUGUGUCCGGAGGGUUUCGAAGGCGACGCGUGCGAGAUCAACAUCGACGACUGCGAAGACAACGACUGCGAGAACAACUCCACCUGCGUCGACGGGAUCAACAACUACACGUGCAUGUGCUCGCCAGAAUACACAGCUGCUACCAAUGAGGUGGAGAGAGGGGAGCUUUGUGAAGAGAAACUGGAUUUCUGCGCCCCAGAGCUGAACCCGUGUCAGCACGACUCAAAGUGCAUUUUGACCCCUAAGGGAUACAAGUGUGAGUGCACUCCCGGUUAUGUGGGCGAGCACUGUGAGCUGGACCAAGACGACUGUGAAGAGAACAAGUGUCAGAACGGAGGUCAGUGCAUCGAUGCCAUCAACGGAUACACCUGCGUCUGUCCGGAGGGAUACAGCGGCUUGUUCUGCGAGUUCUCUCCCCCGAUGGUACUUCCUCGCACAAGCCCAUGCGACAACCACGAGUGCCUCAACGGUGCGCAGUGCGUUGUCGUGGGAACAGACCCCCGCUGCCAAUGUCUCCAUGGCUAUGAGGGCGAGCGCUGUGAGACGCUCGUCAGCGUCAACUUUGUCAACCGCGAGUCCUACCUGCAACUUCCCUCCAGUCACCUCUCACCGGAGACAAACAUCAGCCUACAGAUUGCUACAGAUGAGGACAGUGGUGUGUUGUUGUAUAAAGGAGAUAACGAUCACAUCGCCAUGGAGCUGUACAGAGGACGCCUGAGGGUCAGCUACGAUACCGGAUCCUACCCUCCGUCUGCUAUAUACAGUGUGGAGACAGUGAAUGAUGGGAGCUUCCACGCUGUGGAGUUGGUAGCCUCAGACCAGACUUUGUCUCUGUCCAUUGACGGUGGGCCGCCCAAAUCCAUCAACUCCAUUAGCAAACAGUCCACACUCAACAUAGACUCUCCACUUUAUCUGGGAGGUAUGCCAGAACGUGCCUCGCCCUCAGGGGGUCUCUCGUCCCUGCAGCACGGCUCAGGUGGACGUAAUGGCAGCAGCUUCCACGGCUGCCUUCGUAACCUCUACAUCAACGGGAAGCUUCAAGACCUGGGGGCCGGUCUGGGGCCAGGGGUACCGGGCACAGGGACCACACAGAGCACCACCAGACAGUGGCUGGGCCACGGGGUGGAGCCAGGCUGCCAGCCCUGCCAGAGAGGCGCCUGCGUCCAGGGUGACUGCCACCCGACAGGGCAUCGAGGCUUCACCUGCACCUGCCACCCGGGCUGGACAGGGACACUGUGUGACCAGCAAGUCAACAACCCCUGUGACGGCAACAAGUGUAUCCACGGUACCUGUCUUCCAAUCAACUCCUACUCGUACUCCUGCCGCUGCCAGCCCGGUUUCGCUGGCGUCCUCUGUGACGAGCAGGACCAGGACGCAGCCAACCCGUGCAGUCUGCCUCGCUGUAAACACGGAAAAUGUCGAGUGUCGGGGCUAGGGAAGGCGUACUGCGAGUGUAACAGCGGAUAUACAGGAGAUGCCUGCGACAGAGAGGUGGCCUGCCGAGGUGAACGGGUCCGAGAUGUCUACCAGAGACAGCAAGGCUACGCGGCGUGCCAAACCCAGGAGAAGGUCUCCCGUCUAGAGUGUCGGGGCAGCUGCCCGGGGGGAGCAGAAGGACAGGGCACCUGCUGCACCCCCCUCCGCAGCAAACGCAGGAAAUACACCUUCCAGUGCACCGAUGGCUCUUCUUUCGUACAGGAAGUGGAGAAGGUGGUCAAGUGCGGCUGUACAAAGUGUUCCUCAUAAAAAAAAAUGUAUAAAAAUAGAAGAAAAAAAAAAGAGACAACACCCUCGGCAGAUUUGCUCCCGUACAGAAAUGUUUUAUGUUCCUGCCCGCCUUACUUGACCCUCGUCUCCCUCGUCCAAGGUGUCCGACUCCUUCUGAGAAAAAACCUUCACCCUCCACCAAACCUGUUUUUUAAAAACCCUUUGAAAGGCAAAAAAAAAACAAGAGAAACAACGAAAAAAUUGUUUCUUUUCUUGUCAGUGCUGGACUGAUGAUCGAUGCUUCCUCGGUGGGGAUGUUGAAUUGUAUUGUAAAGUACAAAAACAGACUUAUUUUUUAUUAUGAAGUGGAGAAAAAGACAAAAAAAAAAAACAAACACAAGAGUUGACUUCUUCCUUACUUUUUUGUUGGUCAUGAUGACUCCAAUGGUGUGCCACACUGUCUCUUCCCCCUGGAGGACCGACCGGUCCCUGACGGGCGGACCGCCUCCUGUAGACUCCCUGCGUUCCCGUCUGUGAGUUGUGUGUUUUAGGAGUAACCUUAACUGGUAGUACCACAGACUCACCACUAGGAGGAGCUGCAUUAAGGCACGGGGGGAGACGGAGGGCCGUGAUAACCCCCCCUACAACACGAGAAAAACCACCACCGUUAGACCUCCUGAACCCUCUGAGACUGUGUGCACGAUCCCACACACAGCUGUGCUCAAACUUGUGGUAUUUUUUACAGCUACUGAACAACACACACACACACGCACACACACACACACACACACACACACACACAUACAGAAACUCUCACCUGUAGAACGUAAACAUAUUACCUGCCAGGUUACAAACACUACUCUGUUUAUCUCCUCCCAGUCAUGAAUGACAAGUAUUUAUUGUAUCAUAAAUACCUGUACUUAUUCAGUAGAUCCCCGAUGUAUCAAUCUGAUUCUUUUAAUAUAUAUUAAUUUAUAUUUGUCCUUAUUUUUGUAUUAAAAAGACAUAAUCUGUCAAGAUAGCUGAACUAACAAAAUGGUGUCCUUUAUUUUGGUUGAAGAGAAGUUGUUUUUUUUUUGAUCACUGAAACUAUUGUGCUUGCCAGAGACCUUAGUUACAUUUUAAUCUGCAAAUGUGACGUGAAGACAUUGUAUAUUUUUGUCGCGUUUCCUGAGAGUUUGUACUGUGCCAUUACCAGAAGGUCUUUAUAUUAGAGUAUAAAUGUAUAGAUAAUUUCCCUACCUAUGUAUUUCACACACGGAUCUUGUGAGUAGCAUUGACCCUAGAGGAUGCUUAGAACUGUUUUUACCUUUUUAACAAAUUGAUGCUUAAAGAAUACUGUGACUUUUUCUAAAUGAAACUACUUUGUUAGCCCCUUGGUCUCCGACGUUAACAUGUUGCUGCUAAGUUUUUGUACCGUAGACUUGGAUCCUGAUCUGUAUGUUAUAUAGAACUUCCUGCUCCUACUGUACAGGGGCACCUUUGUGUAACAGAUAAAUAUGUCCCCCCCACCCCACCUCUACACAUGUGCAUUGUGCUUUAUAUUUCCCCCUUCUCCAUCCCCCGGACUAAUGUCAGUUCCCUGACUGAUGUUUGUUUAUUAAACACAAUAUUUACCUCACACUC